UAUAAAGCGAUCGUUAAGAUGCUUCUCGAUACUGGCAAGGUUGGCGCAGGUGCUAAGGAUGAGAAUGGACAGACAGCGCUGUAUCGAGCGGCGAUAACUGGGCAUGAGGUAGUCGUUCAGCUGCUUUUCGAUACUGGCAAGGUUGAUGCAGGCGAAUUCUUACUCUAG